AUGAAUAACUCUACAGUAAACUCCAUACCUGAAGCCUCAACAAACUCCACAGAUGAUUUAGUUGGGGGAAUGACCAAUCUGGACAUUUGUAUGUUCAGCAUCAAUUUUCUUUUUGGUCUUCCUACACACUCCUAUGUUAUAUGGCUUAUCAUCACAGGAACAAGAAGUGGAGUUGCAUCAGAUUUCUUCAACCUCAAUCUGUCUCUUUGUGAGACUGGUAACUGUCUGAACUCUUUGUUGAGUGUAAUCGAUUAUUGCACUGGGCUUUCAUGUUUCAGAAGCUUUAUAUUGUUUUCAUUAGGACUGUUCAUCACUGGUCGUCCUCUGUUUCAGUGUCUGAUCAGUGCUGAGCGUUACCUGGCAGUGGUUCAUCCUGUAACCUUUCUGAAGUACAAACCUCUCAGAUAUAGAGUGAUCUGCUGCACUGCUGCCUGGAUAAUUAUUCUUGGCUCUUGUUUGUGCUACAUGUUUGCAAGCCAGUUUAAAAUUCAUACUUAUAUAUACUUCUACUCGAUUCAGUUCCUCCUCUUCCUCUCCAUCCAGUUGUUUUGUCUUGUGGCUGUUCUCAGAGCUCUGAAGCAGUCAGGACCAGGAGAGAGAGGAAGAGAGAUAAAAGAGGAAAACCAUAUGAAGACAAGGGCAUUUUAUCUCAUUCUAAUAACUACGGUGACAAUGUCUGUUAUUUAUGUGCCAUUUAUUAUCUCAGGAUUCUCUUUUAUUCUUAUGCGAUGGUUUAUUGUGGAUCUUUCUUCCUUUGGUUUGUUAUGUUUCAUUCUGGCUGGUUUUGUCCAGCCUGUUCUUUAUCUGCACAGAGUUGGAAAGCUUUCCCGUCUUUGUUCUCCAUAA